AGGCUGCAUCAGAUAAAUAACGUAAAGGUGUGCACGGCUCUCUGUGUACCUUUGUGUCAUAGCAACUGCCAUCAAUGUAGGUAAAGAAUGAACUGGAGCUGAAUAAAUUAGACGAGAGAUUAAUUUCUAGCAGCGUACUUAACCUACAGAACAGUCAUUAUCUCCUACACGAGUGCAAGAAACACACACAACAGUUCAAAGAUGGCAUUAGCAAGUGGACAUUGGAUUAGAAAAGAGGUAAUUGGAGACUCUCCAAGCCCUAGGCAUGGACAUGCAUUGACAAUGGCAGGCAACAUAGCAUUUGUAUUUGGAGGCUGUUCCAUUUAUAAUACCUUUGAUGAUCAGCAAACAUAUUUCAAUGACUUCCACAUGUUGACAAUUACUCUUACUGAUUUGACUUGGGAAAGGAUACCUCAUGAUGGACAUAUUCCUUGUGCCAGAGAAGGUCAUACACUUUGUGUAGUAAGAGGGAAGAUAUAUUUAUUUGGAGGGUGUUCAACCCAGGAUGCUAAAGAAUGUCUUCCAGGAGUCUACAGCUUUAAUCUUAGUUCUUUAACAUGGCAGAAGGUAAAAACCAAUGGCAUUGCACCUCAGACCCUCAGACACAGUUCAGCAGUAGUAGGAGAAAAUAUCUAUGUCUAUGGUGGAGUUCAUUAUGGAAAAGCUGUUGAUGACCUGUAUAUGUUCAGUACUGUAUCUCUCAGCUGGAUCCCAGUCAAAACCACUGGUUCAGGACCUGGUGCAAGGUCAGGCCAUGCUUUUGCAACAGUUGGACAAGUAAUAUACAUGUUUGGUGGUUGUUCGGGUGAAAAUACUUACUGCACUGAUGUGCAUGCAUUGGAUACAGGUUUGUUAACCUGGCAGCAGUGUGAAGUCAAGGGAGUGAUACCCAGUGGAAGGACACGUCACACAUUUACAGCACACCAUGACAAGGAUAUCUAUUUGUUUGGAGGAAUAUAUGAGUCUAAAGAUGAUAAUAAAACACCAAAGAAUGAUGUAAUGAAAUUAAGCCUAGCAAAGAUGAAAUGGAAGAUGCCACUUUAUGUAGGGAUCCCCCCCGCUUGCAGACACAGCCAUGUAGCAUUUAUUCUUCAUAGCCAUCUCUAUAUCUUUGGUGGCAUGAAUGAGGAAGAAGAACUCAAUGAUAUAAUGGGGAUGAAAUUGAUAAACCCUUCAGAUAGACAACCAAUAAUGAAGGAGAUUCUCUCAGAAUUUGGAAUCCAGGGAGUAAGCAGCAGGUUUACUCCCACCAAAAUACCCAAAGUGAAAUAUGAAUUAAUGGCAUCGUCUUUACCUGUCAGAAUGGAGUCCCCACCUGCAAUCCCAGCAGCUCAACUCAGAGAUUUCAUUUCUGUGCGUAACCAAGCAAUGGACAUGAUCACAAGGGCCUUUGACUUGCUUGACUUGGAGUUUCAAAAGCUAGACACUGAGAAAGCUGAAUUAGAUCAGGCCACAAUUGAUUUCCAACAAGAAAAGGAGGCUUACAAAAAGCAGUUCAGAUAUCAACAGCAGGAGCUGCAAGAGAUGCUAGAUAAGCACAAGGCCCAAAAUGAAGCCUGGCUCAAAGCCAGAGCAGAGGAAAAUGACAAGGAAAAAAAAGAAAUAUGUAAACUGAGGGAAGAGAUUCUUCAUGAUCAGGAGAGGCUAAAAGAAGAACAGCAAAAUGUUCAACAGCGCAAUCAGCAACUGCUUUCUAUUAUGCAACAGUUCAAAGGAAUGUGACCAGUCUGCUGAAUAAAACCUGAACCACAUGAUCAGGAUCAUAGCAACAAUACAACCCUACUUGAACAACUGAGCUCUUAUAUACUAAUAUAAAAAAGAUCCAGUUACUGUGCAUGUUGAAGGACCAUAUUCAGUUAGUGUGAAAAAGAGUUUAAUCUCCCUAGGUUUCUCAUGAGCACUGGAAUGAUAUCUCAAUUAAAUUUCCACCCACUACCUUUCCUGCAUUUUCCAUUUUGAUUCAAUGUUCUUUCAGAUUUUUAAGGAGAUUUUAAGGAGAUUUUUAAUCUUCUUGCCUUGUUGAGCUUAAAAAAGAAGAAAAGGCAGAACACUAUGGCUGCCCCUAUGAAAGCUAGACCCGCAGAGUUUUAUUUCAGGGUCAUGCGGAUAAGAUUAGGAUGUCAUUCAUAUAUCAGCAAAAAGAACAGCGCAGUUGUCAAGUAGGGGACAUUCUUGUUUUUUUAAAAAAAAGUUAAAUAUUUUGUAACAGUGGGAAAGAAGACAGAAACCACAACUAGGAUAAUAUGGUUAUAUUUUAUGGCCAGAUUCUGCUUACAGUUAAACUGGUGUAACCAAAGAACAAGUCCAUUCACUGAAAUGGAGUUACAUUCAAUUCAUACAGGGGGAAACUAAGAACAGAAUUUUGAAACUGAGUUUUGCAUUGGAGGGACCAAAUAUGGACCAUGUUUAAACAGCUUUCAAUGAUAAGGCAAAAAAUCAUGUUUGUUGUGUGUGGAAGAAUUGUCAAAGGUUUUAGGCAUUUUGUUUUCAACUUGAUUCAUGAAAAGGAAAGUUAUUUCAGUCAUCUGCUUCUCUGUAUUAAACUGUUUCUCCUUUUUAAAUUUCAAUGGGCUGCUUUAUACCAUCAAUUUCAGGCAGAAUUCACUGGUGUUUGAAAUCAGUGGGAGUUCUGCUGAAAAAUUGCUGGCACUAUAUUAUCCCACAUCUUAAAAAUCAUUUUUUCAACAGACAAAUUGUCAGUGUUGUAGCAGGAAAAAUUGGAAAUAUUAUACCAUAUUAGUAACAUUCACAGCCAAUUUCAGAGGGAAUGUAGAAGUUAGCCUCUUUACACUCAUGCUGUAGUACAUUCAUGCCCAAAGCAUAAGUGACUUUAAGAUGGUACAAUUUAAACACUGUGAAGAAAGGAAAUGUGAGUAAAAGUAGGGGAGAAGUCGUACUUGAACUUACGCAUUCUUACAUCCUCCUGUUAGUUGGUUUUCUUGGUAGACUUCUGUAUGGUCCCCUUGGCAUGAGAGUAUCAACUCAGGCCUGGUCUACACUAGAAAAUUAGGUCAGUUUAACUACAUCAGUUAGGGGUAUGAAAAGUCCACACCUUUGAGUGGCAUUAUUAAGCCAACAUAUGUCUUUGUGUAGCCAGCACUAGGUCAACAGAAGAAUUCUUCAGUCGAGCAAGUUAUUCUCUCUUGAGCAUAGGUACUGGAACUAGAGGUGCUGGGGGUGAUGCCAUGCCCCCUUGUUUGAAGCAGGGCUGGAUUACCCAAUAGGCACACUAAGCACAAGCUUAGAGCACCAGCAAAGCAGGGGGCACCAAAAAAAAAGAGGUUUUGGGGUUUUUUUAGUUUGAUAUUUCAAAAAAAGCAUCAAAGUAGUCAUCAUGGGAAAA